AUGAAUCCGUCAAGAUUGUUGCUUCUGCGAGUGGCAAAAAUCAGUGAUUAUGAAAGUGUUUUGGAAUUUCUUCGGAAGCAUUUCUAUGCUUACGAUGUUUUCGGAAGUGAUUCGAAUUCUCAGUCUGCAGAAGAUGAGGAAAACGAGAUGAAAGCCAUCGAUUCUGGUGCUUCGGUUCUUGCGUUCACAGAAGGAAAGUUAGUUGGCGCAUCUUUAGCAGUGAAUUUCACUGAAGAAAGCUGCCGAGAAAAUCUCCAGAGACUCCAGAAGAUCUCCGAGCAACGAGGAUUUCCCAAUGAUCUUGAUGGAGUGAUUUUCAUAGAAGAAAUGAAGCUGAGAUCUGAAGUUUGUCGUCGAUUUGGCGUGAAAGAAGCUUGCUACAUGUCGCUAAUGUGUGUUCAUGAGGACUUUCGGAAGCUCUCCUUGUCCAACAUUCUGCUGCAAAAGAAUCUGGAAUGUGUGGCUGAAUUAAGAUACAAAGUUGCCUUUAGUUUGUGCAUAUCUGAAAUUGGUCACAUCUUUGGGAAAUCCACCAACUUUCAGCCCUUCUAUCAGGUCAAUCUUGUGGAUUAUCAGGACUUUCGAGGACUGAAUGUCUUCAGUCACUUUCCUCCAGAUGCCAAAGCGACUGUUAUGUUUAAACUCAUAGGCGGAAAUAAAUUGUGA